UCAAUUUUGCUUCGUAAUUUGGUGCUAUUUCAGCAUAUGCUCUCGUUUGCUUGUUUAUGAAAGCUUGCCCUGGGAUUGUUAAUUAAUUGCAUAAGCUGGUCCUUUGGAAAGCAAUGCUGAACAGCUCAAGACGUGGAGCACAAGUUAAAGGAAACAGACAAGCGGAUGUCUUGAAUGACACCAGCCUUCUUUUGGACUCGCUUCGAAAUGAGGUCAGCAUCCUGUCCCGGAAGCUGGGCAGUAAGACAGAGGCUCUGGCUAUUAUGGCCAAGGAGUUGGAGCAGUGUCGACAGGACCGAGACCAGUUCCGUGCGCUGCUGGAGCAGCUCCGUGGCAGUCACAAGGCGGCGGCGGGCAGCAGCUGGAGCGCGGUGGCCACCGACGCCGGCCUGCGCCACCAGCUGGCCCUCUCCCGGCAGCAGUGCGCCGAGCUGCAGCACACCGUCACCGAGCUCACCGUCAAAAUGGAGGAGGUCUGCGGAGACAUGAUGGUGCUGCGCCGUGACGCGGUGCGCCGCCGGUGUCCGGUACGCGCCGACUCUGCCGAGUCCUCAGCGGAGAGCACCGAGGACAUGGUCCACAAGAUGGAGCAGCUCCAGGACCAGUGUGACCAACUGCGCCGUGACCUGGAGCUGACGUUGGACGAAAAGGAGGAGCUGGUCACCCAGCGGGACGCUUACAAGGGCAAGACGCACCGGCUGAACCACCAGCUGCAGGUGGCGCUGCGCGCGCCGGCCGACAGCGCCCUCGACGUCGACUCGCUGGUCACAGAGAACAGGUACCUCCGGGAGCAGCUGUCGACAUCUCAGGACGAGCUGGAGCGGCUACAGAGGGUCUGCUCAAAGUACAAGUCGCUGCUCGAGGCUCGUAAGAAGAAGGGCAUUCUGCGUCCGGGCUCCUCAGACUCCUCGGCUCUCAUUGUCACGAAGCGCCAGGUGGCCGAGAUGCUGCGCUCGCAGGGCGACGGCCAGCUGUUGGACACGCCGGCCACGCUGUCGGACCUGCGCUCGCUGUGCGCCGCGCUGCUGGAGCAGCUGCAGGACAAGUGUACGGCGCUCACCCACCAGAGGAAGGCCAACAGGCUGCUGGCCGAGCAGUGUGCGGCGCUGAGGCAGCAGGCAGCCCGACACGGGCUCUCCAUCCAGCCGUCAGCUGAUCUCAUGGCAGGCUACUCUGCUACACACAUAGACCGAGAGAGUGAACAGCUGCUGGCCGAUGAUGACCCGGAGGUCGCUCCCAACGGCGCGGACAGCGCCGCCAGUCCCCGGGCCGACGGCAGCGCUCCGCCGUCCCCGGCUCGGGCGGGAGCGGCCGCCGCUGCUCCUCCCACCAACGGCGCAGAGCGGCACAGUCCGCCGGUCCGACUGACCCGCCAGCCGCCGCACCAGUCUAGUCCGGGCCAGAGCGGCGACCGGCCGACCCGCCAGCCGCCGCACCAGAGUCCGGGACAGAGCGGCGACCGGCCGACCCGCCAGCCGCCGCACCAGUCUAGUCCGGGCCAGAGCGGCGACCGGCCGACCCGCCAGCCGCCGCACCAGAGUCCGGGCCAGAGCGGCGGCCGGUCCGCGGGCCCGGCGACCCCGGGACGCUCCCCGGGCCGGCCCCAGCGGCGGCCGCAGUACGAGGACGAUGAGGACGAGGAGAUCCUCUCCAUCCAGGAGCUGGACCGCUACGUGCGCUGUCUGCGGCGGCCGGCGCCGACUGGUCCGGAGCGGGACGGCGGGGCGGCGGACGGCGCGCCCGCCAGCCCGGCGCGGUCCCAGGCGGACAGUGAGCCGGGCAGCCCGCGCGCACCGCCCGCUCCGGGCCAGGGCAGCCCGCGGCGGCCCGCGGCACAGCCGGCCGUCCAGGUGGUGGGCAGUCCGGUCCGCUCGGAGUCGCAGACGGCGCCGCCCGGCGACGCUGACUCCGGCGAGCUGCCCGCAGAGCUGGAGCGGCUCUACAGACAGGCACUGGACCAGCUGCGGGCCGGCGACCAGGCCACGUGACCGGCCGCCUGACCCGGGCAGCGGAUCACGUGACUGGUGUCCUGCACCGGCGACUAAAUCACAACACCGGCCCCGUGACUCGUCAACCAGCCCGCAUGACCUAACACCUGCAUUGGCGACCAGAUCACGUGACCGGUUGCCUGACCUGGUGAGGGGAGAACGUGGUCGGCUACCUGACUGUAACCACCGGCCGCCAAACCCGGCGACUAGAUCACGUGACCGGCCGCCUUAAGGCCUGGCUACACUAUGCGUUUUCUGCGUGCGUUUUUGCAGGUUUGCGUGUUUUGCGUAAUAUCGUUCUAGGAAAAAGGUUAUAAACAAUAUAAUUUUUACUUUGGUUAUACACAAAAGCUAAUAUAACUCUUAUGUAACUAAAAUUUAAGGUGAAAAAACAUCACAAAAACGUAAUAUCGUUCUUUUUUCUAGAACGAUAUCACGCAAAACACGCAAACACGCAAAAAACGCACGAAGAAAACGCAUAGUGUAGCCAGGCCUUUACCCGGUGUGGGAUUGACGUGACGGGAGCCGUCGUGCCUGUCCUGCAGGACGGGCCAGUGGCUCGGUCGAGCUGACAGAUCAGGCCUGCUGACAACCCAUGAACCAACGGCUGGUUGUUUAGUGAGCCAAGAUCGCUGACCGAGGCACGCUGAUUGAGCUAUGACAGGUGGCGCAGUCAGUAUUCGUGGUACGGCGACCGAUCUGGGCGGGCGUUAUCGCUGGUGGAGUGACUGCCUGUCGGGACUUCUGCAGUGCCAUAACCGUGUCAUGGCCGUAUCACGGCCGUGGCUUUCGUGAGAUGACCGUGGUAUGUCACCGACUUGUCAGGAUAGACGAAACGUGCGUACUUUGGGAGUGAUACGGAAAACUUACGCAUUCCGUAAACAGGUCUCCUUUCACGGUGAUCGCUUAUUAGGUGUAUUUAAAGCCCCGUACUUAUUUAUUUACCUCGUCGUCUAGUCAUGUUCUGUGAUAGUUUUCUCUUCAGCGUUGUUUUCGUGUAUGAUUUUGAAUAUAUGAACCAUUCCUUUAUUAUCUACCAGCAUGAAAAAUGCCUGUUUGAAAGCUAAGUUAAACUAUCGGGAUUGAUUCGUCAAUUUCUGUUGUAAUCCACUUUUGGCAUCACUGACCUCAAUGUAUCAACUGUGAAAUGGCAGCUUUGACAAUUGACCUAUGUGCAUACCUACGUUACAGUGUUAGGCAGUUAUGCUACUUGUCAGUGUGUAAUACAUGCUUGCCAAAUCAA